AUGCAGCACAAUGCAGUUUACCGCACAUUUGACCCCUCACAAUAUUUCCCCAAAAUGUGGCACUCUAAGUGUAACCACCUGGUGAAGGGUAACAAACUUAAACACCUCACCACAAGCGCCAGUGCUCACUGUUGCCCUUAUUUGCCCGCCAAGGGAUGCCCUACCUGGAGGGCAGACAGAAAGCUAAUCCGAACGUCCAUCUUCAAAGAUGAUGACAUAUACAUGGACCCUCUCCAAAUUCACAACGAAGAGCCGAACAAAACAAACUACCUGAACAGAGCAUCACCAAACGAGUGCAUAUACACCCGGAAUAACGUAGGAAUGAACGCAAUCCUCAUAAACAAAAAAUACAUGGACCUAAAAUGCAUUAACCAGUUGUAUAGGGAGCUACUUAAUGGAGAAAUCAACUUCACGAAAAGGUUCACCUUCCUCACGUCCAUCAGUAACGAUUCCUUAACACAUGGUUACAAUUUAAUGGACCUUUUGAAAAUCUUGGAAGUGUAUCAGAAAGGGAAAAACAACAGAUAUGCAGAUGUUUUCAAGAAAAUUAUGUAUAACAUUAAUGAAUUAAGUUACCUGAUCUUUUCAUAUAGAAAGCCACUCAUAGUCUACUGUAACGGCAGCGUUAGAGGUUCUGGAGGGUUCAUACCCUUCUUGGCCAACAAUAGCGCCUCAUAUUUUCACUCGUCCUAUGCCUACACGAACUUGAAGUAUUCUUUUUUACCUUAUGGUGGCAUCUCCUACGUGCUAGCCAAUUUGAGAGGAUCCAUUGGAUUUUACUUAGCACUCACAGGCGAAGUAAUAAAAUCGGCGGACCUUAUGUGGUGCGGUUUGACAAAAAGGUGGAUAGCAGAAGACUGUCUAGAGCUGAUGGAACUCACAUCAGAAUCGCAACUGGAGGUGUCCGAACAAGAUGCCAACCUUCUCUUGGAAGAGCAUUUUUUGAAAGUCCCCAAAAUGUAUACCUUAAAAAAUUACGAAGAAAUAAUUCACGACCAUUUUAAGUACCCAUCCCUCAUGCAAAUUAUGGCCAAGCUAGAUGCAUCUAGGAAGAAAAACCAUCCUGAUGAACGGGUUCGCCUCUGGGCAGAAAAAACAUACCAACAAAUCCUUGCACAACCUCCUAUAGCGGCACAUCUAACAUUUGAAAUUAUGAACCUACUUAGAACCCACAAAAUGGAGCUACUCAAAAAAGCACAAGUCACAAAAAAUAUAUACAACCAGAUGACACAAAAUAGUUACAAGGUAGUCCCAACGACCAAGGAAGAAGUAAGCUUAGCUGAACUCAAGUUCACCAUUGAUUCGGAGCUCCUUACAAAAGCAUUAAACCUUGAAACGAAUGCUAUAGCCAACUUCAUUUCAUGUCCAGACGUUCUCAAUGGAAUAACCUCCUAUUUGGUUAAAGACACGGAUCACUCCUUCAAAUGCACCUACCUCAAUAACUCUCUUCUUGAGACCAAGAAGGACAUCAUCCAUUACUUCCUCUUUUACAAAAAUGAUUACGAGUUUGCUAUACAUGACAGACCCGACAUAAGCUUCUCCAGCUUGAGUGCUCUCGAUCGAUGCAACCAGCCUUUUGGUGCACGCGACCGACAUUUUUACGCAGAGCAGAGCAAACGAUGGAGCGACGACUACCUGAAGGAUCAGCUGAAUGAGAUUAACAAACUAGCCCUAUGA